UACGACAGUGGGAGCGCUCCAGCCUAGCAGUUCUGCUUGCGACUGGUGUCCGCACGUGUGCCGAUGUUUUUCGCCCGGUGAUCCUGCCUGUUGCUGUGGUGCAGCCACAUUGAAGGCGGAGUGGCAUCGUAAGCCAAAGACCGUGAGCUGAUGGCAUUUGCUACCGAAAAUGAAGGGGACUCUGGAGAAGGUCUCCAGAGGGUACCUGAGGGGGCGCGGCUGGAGCCUGGUAGGGAGGUGGAGGCCGGGGACCCAGCGGGGAUGGAGGCGCCUGGCGGCGGCGAGCAUGCAAGUGGGCGCAGAGGAGUGAAGAUGGAGGACGCGGAGGAAGGGAGUGAGCAGAGGGCCGUGGAGAUGCGCGUGGACUCGACAGUUGUGAAACUAGAAGGGACGGACUGGUCGGAUGUAGACGGCGGCGUGUGGGACGCGCAGUGGGAGAAGCGGGAGGCGGAGGACGGGGCUGAGGUGGAGGAGGAGAAAGCAGGCGUCGUGGAGGUGAGGCCGGAAGCGGGUGGCACAUUGGUAGUGAAAGAAGAAAAGAUGGAUGGACCAGACGAGAAGGAAGAGAAAGUGGAGGUAAAGGAAGAGGUAACGGAAGAGGUAAUGGAUUGGCCAGAAGUGAAGGAAGAGGAAGGUAGCUUGGAGAUGGAGCAGGAGAUGUUUGUUGAUCAGAGUAUGCAACGGGAGGAAAUGAUGGACGGAGUGCGUGUAAAAGAAGAGGGGCUUUUCCUGAAGGAAGAAGUAACGGAAGAUGUAAAGGUGGAAGAAGAGCUUCAGAUAAAUCCCCCCGUGGGCAGUAAGCGAAAACUGGCAAUGUCAAGGUGUGAAACUUGUGGUACAGAAGAAGCAAAGUACAAAUGUCCACGUUGUAUGCGAUAUUCCUGCAGCUUGCCCUGUGUAAAGAAACACAAAGCAGAACUGAUGUGUAAUGGAGUUCGAGAUAAAACCGCUUAUGUUUCAAUACAACAGUUUACUGAAAUGAAUCUCCUAAGUGAUUAUCGAUUUUUGGAAGAUGUGGCAAGAACAGCUGACCAUAUUUCCAGAGAUGCUCUUUUGAGAAAGCCAAUAAGCAAUAAAUAUAUGUACUUUAUGAAAAAUCGUGCCCGAAGGCAAGGUAUUACCCUAAAACUUCUACCCAAUGGAUUCACUAAGAGGAAAGAAAAUUCAACAUUUUUUGAUAAGAGAAAACAACAGUUUUGUUGGCACGUGAAGCUGCAGUUUCCUCAAAGUCAAGCAGAGUACAUAGAAAAGAGAGUACCAGAUGAUAAAACUAUAAAUGAAAUUCUAAAACCUUAUAUUGAUCCUGAAAAGUCUGAUCCUGUAAUUCGUCAAAGAUUGAAAGUCUACAUUCACUCUCAGACCAGCAUCCAGAUUUUAAUGAAGGUUGAGAAUAUGCAACAAAAUAUAGUAAGAUACUAUGAAUUGGAUCCUCAUAAAAGUCUCCUUGAUAAUUUGAGGAACAAAGUGAUCAUUGAAUACCCAACAUUAUAUGUGGUGUUGAAAGACUUCAGUAAGGACAUGAUACUUCUUCACCAAGUGAAGAGUGAAUCUACCAAGAACGUUGGCAGUGGAAAUUGAGCACUUCUGGAAGGUGAAAAUUCCCAGACAGUUGCAGAGGAUUAUGCAUUGCUGGACUAUUGGAUGAUCAGUGGGCAGUGGGAAUAUUAAUUGUCUCUAAAGUAAUUAAAUAAUCUAAACUUUUUUUGGUACAAAAACAUCUUCUAGACUCUUCAGUUAAUUGACCCCAGAAGUCCCCUUUUUGGUAAUGUGUAACACUUUCUGCACUUAGUCCUUAACAUGGUUAAUUCUGUAGGCUGAAGAUGUUUUGUUAGUUUGCAUCAAAACUAAACCAACCUGAAGACGGCCUUCUCUAACAGAGCUUCCCUAAGGAGAGCCGCCACGCCGGGUACCACCUAGCCCAAGAGGAGUAAGCCCCUCAGUUGCCUAUUCCUAUUUUGGGGAUUUAUUUGUAACUUAUCCCAUUGUACUUGAGAAACUCCCAAUGCAAUGUCUUCUGGAAAGGCUAGGUCAGUACUUAGCUACUGUUUCUUAUACUGAGAUCAGAAAAUCAGCAGCUCUACAUUGUUUGAACAAUCAUUGUUAAUCAAUCUGACACUUCUUGCUCACAUAAUGAGAUGUCUUAGAAAUUCUGUGCCUCUUCUCUUUCCCAGUCCACUCUCAAUUCCACACAAGCAGAGAAUUGUGAUGACCAGUUUGUGUCCCUGUAGCAGAUAAUGGGAUACAGAUUUCGUAACUAUAAUGUCGAUCAUGUCCUGUGUACAUUUUAAGUUGGCAUAUACUGUAUAUUGUAUCUGAUUUAAUCCAACAAUAACCAAAGGGAAAAAAAUUGAAACUAGUGUAUUAUUGAAAUGUAUGUGUGUUAUUGAGUGUAUGCAUGGCUUAAUUUAUACCUUAUGGCAGCUCACUAUUUGCUAAUUUUAUUGGAAUUUCUACAGUUGUGAAAUAGCACUAGGACUAUAAAAGAUUAAAAGAUUAUUACAUCUGUAA